GAAGCACGCCGACGCUUUCGAUGUUGUGUAACGACGUUGCCGCCACGGCGAUGAGAGCCGACGGCGACGCAUCCGUCUCUAACGACGGAGUCCUUCGGCUCAACCUGCAGAGGAAUGUGCAUUAUCCCACGCGCCGGUGGCAGAGCGAGUCCAACUUGACCGGAGGUCUGACCAUCGAAUCCGACGAGGUGGCUUUGGGUGUCGGCAUUGGGACGCAUUACGCUGAAAUGUACUUGGGGCUUCCACCGCAGAAAGCUUCCGUCAUAAUCGACACAGGAAGCCACAUGACCGCGCUUCCAUGCACAUCAUGCAUCGACUGCGGCGACCAUACCGACCCGCCUUACGACAUGACCAAGUCCACGACCGCCAAUUACCUCACGUGUGCCGAGUACAGUCGGUGCAAUUCGUGUGAAUCCAACAACCAGUGCCGUGUGUCCCAGAGCUAUGCCGAAGGCAGCAUGUGGAGUGCGUUGAUGGUGAGCGAACUGUGCUGGGUGGGGUCGCUCCCUGCGGCCGACGGUGCCGCGGACAUGAACGUAUCCACGAUGCUGUCCAAGUACGGCGUCCGAUUCCCAAUCGGGUGUCAAACCCGCGAGACUGGCCUGUUCAUCUCCCAGAAGGAGAACGGGAUCAUGGGGAUGGCCCAGGACCCCAAUACGAUCGUGCCAUACCUGGUCAAGAGCGGCGUGCUAAAGGCCAACAUGUUUUCGCUGUGCUUCGCAGACACGGGCGGGACGAUGGUGCUGGGCGGCGUCGACACCAAGCUGCACCUAGCGCCACCCAUGUUUACACCGCUGUUGACGACGAGUGGCUGGUUCACGGUGGAAGUCCUCGACAUCUUGAUCGGCAACGUCUCGCUCAACGUGCCCCCGUCGUGGUACAACAGCGGCCGCGGCGUCAUCGUCGAUAGCGGGUCCACCGACUCGUACAUGCCAUCGAGUGUCGGGUCCGCAUUUGCCGCGCUGUACAAGAAGAUGGCCCACGGCGUCGCCUACCGAGAAGACGAUGCAGUGCUCCUCCAUCCCGCGGACCAGCGCACGCUGCCGGCGAUUCAAUUUGUUUUACGGGGAAUGACCAAGGGGUCAUCGGUCGUGCUGUCGCUCCCACCGACGCAGUACUACACGACCAACGCGGACGGAACGGUGGCGAACAAUGUGCACUUUACGCAGUCCAGUGGGGGCGUGCUGGGCGCGGCCGCGAUGGCCAACUUUGACGUGAUAUUCGACAUGGCGAACAAACGAGUCGGGUUUGCGCCCGCUCGAUGCGAUCGAUCGGUGCCAGGCGCGGGCGAUCGCCAACCACUCGUGUCGCGAGGGAAAUGGACGGACAAGACGUUCUGGGACUCGUACGGGUCCCUCGUGACCGUGCUCGUUGUGUGCUCGAUCGUUGGCAUGGCGGCCCUCGUGCUGCGACUGCUCUGGCGGCGGUGUCGGCGCAAGUCAUCGUGGACAGAAUUGGCCGUCGACGAGUCAGCGCCAACUCCCGUCCAGCAUCAAGUGAGCCCGAUCAAGGACGACGACAACGACGUCGAUUUGCAAACACCCGCGUCUCCGCAGCGAAAGCUGUCCCGGUCCCCAGACCUGCACUCGAUUGUCGAAGUUGAUGAAUCCUAGCAAGACCACACACACACCCCUCUCUCUCGCUUCCA